GGUUCCGGUUGAGGUAAGAGCUCGCACACUUCAGGCGCUGCAUCUGGAUUUCCUUCCCCCCGGGCCGCAGAUGAGUUCCCACGUUCCGCUGCGGAUCGCAGCAGUGCUGGGUGCCAUCGUGGGCUUCUCCGCGCUGAGCGUGUGCAGCUGGAUCUACACCGUCAGAACCCGAUCGCCGGAGGAGACACGGCCGCACGUGGCCUAUUUGAUUCAGGCAUACCGACCUGAGUGUGCCAUUUGGGAGGUGGAGCGGCUGAUGCGUAAGGUGGUCCUUUCGCUGAUCGCCACCGUCCUGCCUGUCACUUUGUCGCCCGCACUUCAGAUGGAAGCCGUGACUCUGGUUCUCAUCGCGUCCCUGGUGGCGCAUCUGUACUUCUGGCCAUAUCAGGCAGAUGACUGGAACCGUGCAGAGAUCGGCCUUUUGUUCGUGAGCCUGACCAUCACAGGAAUGACCACUUGCCUCAUCGCCAACGACCUGCACUGGGCGAAGUCCAAAUUGACGCAGCGCGUCCUGGUGUUCCUGAUUUGCUCUAUUGCUGGAGGAAUUUGCAUCGUCAUGCUGGUCACCUUCUCCCUGGCAUACCUGGCGGAGCGGCGCCAGAGGGCCGAGGCCAAGAAGGCGGAGGUCCAGACGAUGAGGUCUUUGUCACCGAGAAGGGAGGCCGCCGCUGAGCCUCGCGCUGAUGAAACAAGCACUGUAGAUGAUUAG